AUGAGCUGUUUCUCAUGUUUUUCUUCCAAAGCCAAAAAGGCAUCAAAGAGAUAUGGUAAUGGAAAUAAUAAUAAUGAUAGAGACACACUUACAGAAAAUUGGGACCCAACCACACAGACACACCCUGAGAGCACUAGCAGAAGAACAAAUGAAGUAACAAGCAACAAGGCAUUGUCAGAAGCAAAUAGCAUCAGAGAUGGAGGGAGCAAUAAUAGUGCUGCAAACAAAGUAAAAGCUGAGACAUUCACCUUCCGGGAAUUGGCCGCAGCAACAAAGAAUUUUAGGAAAGAAUCCCUCAUUGGUGAGGGGGGAUUCGGCCGAGUUUACAAAGGCCAUCUCAAAAGAACAGGACAGAUUGUGGCUGUAAAGCAGCUCGACCGGAAUGGUUUCCAAGGGAACAGAGAGUUUGUAGUGGAGGUUUUGAUGUUGAGCCUUUUGCACCACCCGCGACUCGUGAAUUUGAUUGGUUAUUGCGCGGAUGGCGACCAGAGGCUUUUGGUGUAUGAGUAUAUGCCAUUGGGAUCUCUUGAAAAACAUUUGUUAGAUCUUGCACCAGGCAAAUCUGCAUUGCCUUGGGCUAGAAGGAUGAAUAUAGCAUUAGAUGCGGCCAAAGGUCUCGAGCAUUUGCAUGACAAGGCCAAACCUCCGGUCAUAUUCCGCGACUUGAAACCAUCCAACAUUUUGUUGGAUGAUGAAUUCAAUGCGAAACUUUCCGACUUCGGGCUGGCCAAGCUCGGACCUGUAGGCGACAACUCUCAUGUAUCGUCAAGGAUUAUGGGAACUUAUGGUUAUUGUGCACCCGAAUACCAAAGAACUGGGCAACUUACGGUGAAAUCAGAUGUAUACAGCUUUGGGGUGGUCCUAUUGGAGUUGAUCACGGGUAAAAGAGCUAUUGAUACCAGGAGAGGUCGAAAAGAAGAAAAUUUAGUAGCAUGGGCUGGGCCAAUAUUCAAGGAGCCAAAGAGAUUCGUAGAACUGGCUGAUCCACGGCUUCAAGGAGACUUCCCAAAUAAAAGCUUCAAUCAGGCAGUUGCUGUUGCAGCCAUGUGUCUUACUGAAGAUGCAGAUGUACGUCCUCUCAUGAGAGAUGUGGUCAUUGCGCUCAGCCCCCUUGGGGGGGAACCUGCUGCAGAAUUGGACUUUACCAAUCCAACUUCACCUCUGCAACCAAUGGGAGAAACAGAGAGUCAAUGA